ACUGGUUAGAAAUCGGGAGAGUGGGUCCUGCUGUUAAUUGUGCGCUUGACGUUUUGGCUUGGGCUUUUGACUGGGCGAAUUAUAAACCGCUUACAAUGUCCGCCGGCUGUUGAUGCUUUUCCUGGCUGAGGCUGCGGCUCAGGCUCUGGCUUCGGCUCUCCCUUUGAGCCCAUCAAUAAAUUAUAAUGUCCUAAUACCAAUUGACAGCGAUGGGAACGAUGGGCGACUGGAGCACGGCAUGAAUAAAAUAUCAAAAGCAUUUUGGGGCACAAAUACAAAGUUUCCAGUGCACACAGGACCAGGACCAGGACCAGGACCCAGCGCCUCAGGUCGCUACGUUAUCAUCAGCGAAUGAGCAAAAGCAAUUCUCUGGUGUGGCGAUGCUUAAGUUGAUUUUCCCGGGUGUUUGGGGUGCUUUCACUCAUGACGACAACAACAACAGGAGGGGAGGCGAAACAGGAAAGGCGAAAAAGAUACUGAAUCCGAGGGAGAAUUAAGCAAAGUUGAGGAGCAAGUAACAGACACCGCCAGCGGGCGGUCCAACGCCAACUUCAUUUACGUCUAAAACGCAGUUGAAAUAAACGACUUCACGACACUGGCGGAUUUCCUAAAAAAUAUCCAAUCCCUGUGGCUAACGAGCUGGCUCAGCUCCGGUGGCGGGAGGACUAAGCGGCGUAUUGGCGGAGGUGGUGGCCAGGAGAAGCGCCCAGUCAACGUUUACACGCUCCAGCAGCCGCAUAAAUUUCCGCAUCAAUUGGACGUGUACGGUGGCGGUAAUUGUAGCCGCCAGGAGCUGGACAGGAUCCACCAGCCUGGCACCGGUGUGGCAACAGCAGGGCCACGACAGGAAUCAACACUUUUCCAAACCAAAAGUCGACGCCAGCUGCGGCAGAGCGGUGACAGCAGCAGGACCACCACCAGCACAGCAGCCGAACAAAUUUACGAAACCAAAUUUAUUGAAAGUUCAAUGGCCCAAACAAUGGACGACAUGGUCUUUCAGUGCAACAAUCAAAAUUCGAUUUAUGUCCUUAAUGCCAGCUAUAGUGCAUAUGGGGACUUUAGCACAUAUGCGGCAACAACGCGUGAAAUAAAUGGCAGCCGGAGCAGAGUGGCGAAUCCAAUCGAGGCAACUUGCUCGAGUGGCGUUGUGCAACAUAAAUUCAAAACUUUUGGCAAUUCCAAAGCAACGGCAGCAGCAGUAGCAGCAGCAUCCGCAUCAGUAGAAGCAGCCACAACAACAUCAGGAGCAGGAAUAGGAACAGGAACAGCAGCGGAAAGCGCAUCAAACUACGUAAAUCCUGUCGCUACAUCAAUGUCAACCGCAAUGUGUUCACCGGCAACGGCGGCCCUGCAAAAAUUGUUCAAUUGCAGCGUCGGCGGAGCCUGCCAAAAUGUCACCCACACUCAGGCCCUCGGCAGCCACAACAACAACCACAGCAGCAGCAGCAGCAACAGCAACAGCAACAACAAUGGGAGCCACAACAAUAGCUGCCUGUCAGCGACAGGCAUAGGAGGAGGUGGAGGUGGACAGAAUGGCCGGAAUCAACAUCACAACCGGAGCCGUUGCGGGGAGUCGCUUGAGGGCGCGGCAAGUGGGCCAGCCUCAGGAUCCGCAGGGGCAGGUGGUGGCGGAGCAGCAGGAGCCACAACGGCGGGCGGCCUCCCUCCACUCUUGGCCAAGAAGAAAUGCACCAAUGUCAAAUCAGCGCUUAUUGCCAAGAAGACAAAGUUUCUCAAAUAUCUCGAAGAAGAAAAAUGGCGCAGCAACGCUGCGGCAGCGCCGGAAGAUGCUGGUACCGUCAGCAAUUGGGCGCAAUUGGAGCCACCACCCAGCCGGAACAACAAUGGCGGGAACUUGAAAAAUCAGAGCAUCAGUCGCGAACAGGCCGGAGGAGCAGGGACUGCAAAUGGAAAUGGAUGUUCCAGUGGUAGGGGCAUGGGCAUGGGCAGUGCCAGCGGCAGUGGCAGUGGAAGUGGAAGUGAGCAACGGCAGCUGAAUAAAUUGAACAACUGGAGCAUGCAUAAUGAGGACAACAUCGCACUGACCACCACCCAGCAACAACGGCUCUACCAGGAGGCAGCCGAUAUUUUGGGUCUAAGCUGCAGCCUCUGUGAUAAUUGCCGAUGCCUGGACUGUCAGAGUGGUUACUUUGACUGUGACGACGACGACGAGAGCUACUCGGAGCACUCGCUGAUGGACGAUGAGUUCGAGUACGAUGAGUACGAGUACGACUGCAGUGUGGAGGAGCUUCAGGCGAUGCUGACAGCAGGCGGUGGGGGCAGCGGGAGCAUCGAGGGACAGAAUUGGAAUUGGAAUUCCCCGACCAACAACCCAUGCUGCCAACUGGACACCCACCUGCAACUACCGUCGGACAAUGGGGAAUCCCAUCCCGUCAAAACACAGAAGCAGCCGGAACAGGAGCCCGACCCAGAGCCAGUGUCGGAGUCGGAGUCGGGGAAUGUCGGACAUCGGGUGGCCAUUGAUUUUGAUUUAAUUAACGCCACUUGCAGCCAAGUGCUGGAAAAUUGUGAAACAUUCAACGAUUUGAGUUUGCUGGAUGCCGCUGCCGCCGCCGGAGCCGAGCGUCCUUUUACGUAAAUCAAGGUAUCGGAUCCGUGUGUGUUCCGAGGGAAACCCAAUCAGAAAUCGGACACUGCAGCUAAUUAAAGAUUAACGACCGCCAAGGCCCAUUAAUUGCAACUGACACCUUAACAGUGGCGUGUGUGUGGACACACGCGCCCCGAGCUGAUUGCGUUUCACUUAAUUUUUUAUUUAAAUUGAUUUAAAUUAAGUUCCCAAACGCUAAAUAAAGAUAGAUAUUGAAUGAACUAAACGAUUUGCUGGUUAAAUAGAUAGAUUUCGCUGCCAUAUGCUGCGACGUAUGUAUCCUAGACACAAAAUAUGAUUAUACAGACUAGUGUAUAUAGUGGACUUUAUGCAAAAUUAAAUUUUGAUUGCGAACCCAGUGGGUCAACAAACAAAACGUAAAUAAAUUAAUUGCGAAUUUCAAUUUCAAUUGAGAGAGCGUAAAUUCAAUUUCAGCGAACAACAGAAUGGCUGGCAGCGGAAAUCUGAAUUUCAGUGAUUAUUAUCAGUAAACAUAUAAAAUGGUAUUACACCCAGCAAAUAAUAUAAAAAACCGAUAUUCGGGCCUAACCGAACUUUGUAUACCCUUGCAGAAUCCCCAUAAUUCAAAAUAUAAUUGUUUCCUUGAAGAAAUCCAUCUCCCAAUCCGGUGGAUUAAAGAAAUCAAAACCCCUAUACAUCAUGUAUAUGGAGGCAUUACAAAAACCAUAAAUGGAAAAUACCCUGCAAGGAUAUAACAAUUGUGCCAAUUUAAUAUUGAUAUGCCAAUGUUUUCCGAAUUGGAAUGAAUUACAAAACAAAACAAAAGAAAGCAAAGUAAAAAUAAAGCCGAAUAACAAAAGGAUUAUUUGGCCAGCAGUCGGACAAACGAACUACUAUUUGAAAAUUCAAUAAAAUAUUUAUCUCGAAAUCUAUGUAAAGGUUUAAUGUUUGGUAGUGCUUAAGUACUUAAGAAUUUUCGUGUGAUGCUUUUCAUUCGUUUAAUUGAUUUAAAAUCAAAGAGAAACAUUGGAAAUAUACAUAUAUUUGUGUUGGAAAAUGAAGACCGAAACUUUGGC